UCUUCCCACCCCCCCCAACCGCGGCUCAUCCUCGAGGGCGGAGAGAGGUGGCAUUUGAGUCCUCCGGUAUCCCAGCAGGCAGUGCAGUCUAGAGACGCUGACAAAGGACCGGAGGAGCAGUCGCAGCUGCUUUCCGAGGAGCCGGUGUUGCCGAGAUUGCCAAAAUGCUUUGGAGUUUUUAACUGACUUUAAGAAAAGUCCAAAAUAGACUUGAGACUGUAAAAACAGAAGCUGCAGCAAGGGGGAUUCAGUGCCAAUGCAUCAACAAAAAAGACAGCCAGAGUUAGUGGAAGGAAAUCUUCCUGUUUUUGUGUUUCCCACGGAGCUAAUAUUUUAUGCGGAUGACCAGUCAACGCAUAAGCAAGUGUUGACUCUGUAUAACCCCUAUGAGUUUGCCUUAAAGUUCAAAGUUUUGUGUACUACUCCAAAUAAGUAUGUUGUCGUUGACGCUGCAGGUGCAGUAAAGCCUCAGUGUUGUGUGGAUAUUGUGAUUCGUCAUAGAGACGUUCGAUCCUGUCACUAUGGUGUAAUAGACAAAUUCCGUCUCCAAGUUUGCGAGCAAAGCCAGAGGAAGGCUUUAGGAAGGAAAGAGGUGGUGGCUACACUUCUUCCGUCUGCAAAAGAACAACAAAAGGAAGAAGAAGAAAAAAGAAUAAAGGAACAUUUAACUGAAAGUUUAUUUUUUGAACAGUCGUUUCAACCAGAAAACAAAACUGUCUCCUCAGGACCUAGCUUAUUAACUGUCUUCCUGGGAGUCGUGUGCAUCGCAGCUCUGAUGCUUCCUACGCUGGGGGAUGUGGAAUCGUUGGUGCCUCUCUACCUCCACUUAAGUGUGAAUCAAAAAUUAGUGGCUGCUUAUAUCUUAGGUCUUAUCACAAUGGCUAUACUUAGAACAUGAGCAAGGAAUCCAGUUGACUUCUGAAGUAAAUUUAUCUUGAAAAUAUGAAUACGGACUGCCUUUUAUCUCUUUCACUCCAUUAACAUGCUACAAACUAUUGAAUGAUUUACAGUAAUUGCAAAUGUAUUAAUAUAUAUUUUAAAUUACUCUAUAAUUUUAUUCAAAGGACUCCACAUUAUGUUACAGACAGCAAGGAUGCUUCUGAGUGACACCUAGGAAAUUAUUUGAAGAAGUUCUUUUUAUAUCUGAAUCUAUUGUGCAAAAGACUUUAAUUAAAACAUUUGUUAUUUUCUCAUCUUUUUUCUAAUUCACUUGGAUCGUUAAGGUCAUGUGUCCUUCAAAGUUAAAGGCCUAAAAGACGAGCCAAAAAGUAAAAUUACAUAUAUUUCCUAGCUACGAACAUCAACGUUACUAUGUAGAUUAUACCUUGUCCUCUGUCAUUAUAAACAGUUGCCAUGGUGUUUCUAAAAUAAGAGUUUUACAGUUAAUGUGUGGAGGGUAAAGAAAAAAGCAUAAAGUCCUGAGGGAUCAUGCUUAUCCUAGGGUCUCACAGAAGACAGGACAUGUUUAAUUCAUCUGGCGGACUACAGAAUAGGUUGUGGUCCAGACGCCAAGCAUGUGGGGUUGUUUUUUUAAACCUAAUAGAAGCAGGGUGACCUCUCUCUUCGGUCUAAAGGGAGGCAGGCGUCUGCUUCGUUGGUUUACCCUGGCUUUACCUCUGGACGAUGCUUUGUGUUAAUAGGAGGAAAACUCACUUCAUCUCUUCUCAGCCCUUUGCCUGACUGUAAGUGACUAGCCCGGAGUGGGAUUACCGGAUGCUGGGGAGAUUAUGUGGAGAUGAAUUUUCACCUUCAAACUCGAAGCCAAGUAUAGAAAAUCCUUGUUAUCUGUGUCUAUUUUAUAUCAGUCACUGAGACAUGUUUUAAGUUUGUAUUUAUUAAAACAACUUUACCAAAAAGAAUCCCUGAAGCACAACUAUUUACAUUUCUUUAUAGCCUCUUCUGGUCUCUAACAUAUAUAUGCAGUUUUAACUGUAAUUGUCAUAGCAACUGAUCUUUUGACAUAGGAUUUUUAUCUGAGAGCACAAUGCAUUAACAGUCUCUUGAAAAUCUCUUCCAGAUCUUUUUACAGAAUGAAUUUAUGCACUGCUACUGUAGUAUUCUCAAGAAAUGUACGUAAAUACAAAAUGUAUGCCUGAGGUUGGUUUUUGCAGGAAACAGUACUUUGCUUCUCAAGUAAAAGCUUUUACGUAUACUCUUUCAUAGAAAAUCCUCAAUGUUUAACCAUUUGGGGAGCAUAAAUCAUUAAAUGGAUCAUGUCUGUACAUUGUGUAAUGACCGAAAAGCACAUAAAUGUAAUCUAUUUUGAACUUUGUAAAGAAAAAAACAAACUUAUGUUUGGAGGCUA